AGUUGCCGUAGGAGUUGUAGACGCGCUUUUUGUUUGUUUUACUUUUUUUUCUUUUUUUUUUUCUUUUAUGAUAUUGCGAAUACUGAAUAGGCUAGCCUCUAUUGCUAGCCGGGAUUCGCUCUCCCCACCUCGCCAAGCUGUCCCGUUUCCGUGACAUUCUGCACAGUCCAUGUGAUUAGCCGUGCCAGGCACGAGGCUGUCCUAGCGGGAGGGUGGUGUGUGUGUGUGUGUGUGUGUGUGUGUGUGUGUGUGUGCGCGCACUGAAAACAUGGGCGUGUGGCAGCUGAUCAAGUCCCAGUUCAUCUGUCUCCUGCUCAUCUGCUACGUGUUCCUGGUGAGCGGACUCAUCAUCAACCUGCUGCAGCUCUGCACCCUGCCCCUCUGGCCAAUCAGCAAGCAGCUCUACCGCCGGAUCAACUGCCGGCUGGGAUACUCCAUCGCCAGCCAGAUGGUGGCGUUGCUGGAGUGGUGGUCUGGCACAGAAUGCAACCUCUACGCCCAUCCCGAGAGCUACAAGUACUUCGGCAAGGAGAGCGCCAUCGUCGUGCUCAAUCACAACAUCGAGAUCGACUUCCUGUGCGGAUGGACUUUCUGUGAAAGAUUUGGUGUUCUGGGGAGUUCCAAAGUGCUGGCCAAGAAGGAGCUGGCGUACGUGCCCCUGAUUGGCUGGAUGUGGUACCACCUGGAGAUCGUGUUCUGCAAGAGGAAGUGGGAAGAGGACCGCCGGACCGUAGCACAGAGCCUGCAGAAUUUACGAGAUUACCCAGAGAACUUCUGGUUCCUGCUGCACUGCGAGGGAACGCGCUUCACAGAGAAGAAGCACCAGAUCAGCAUGCAGGUGGCGGAGAGCAAGGGCCUGCCCAAGCUGAAGCACCAUCUGCUGCCCCGAACCAAGGGCUUCAACAUCACCGUCCAGAACCUGAGAGGACCAGUUACGGCUGUGUACGAUUCUACACUUAAUUUCAGAAACAACGAAACGCCAACUCUGCUGGGACUUCUCAGCGGGAAAAAGUAUCAUGGCGAUAUGUAUGUGAGGAGAAUUCCUAUGGAAUCUAUUCCGGAGGAUGAGGGGGAAUGCGGAGCCUGGCUCCACAAACUCUACCAGGAAAAAGACCAGUUCCAGGAGGAGUACAGCCAGACGGGCCGGUUCCCGGGCGCGGUGCUGACUCCGGCGCGGCGGCCCUGGACCCUGCUGAACUGGCUGUUCUGGGCCUCCGUGCUGCUGUACCCUCUGGCGGGGCUCCUGGUCCGGCUGGUCAGCUCCGGAUCCUCCGCCACCAUCCUCACCACCGCGGCGCUGUGUGUGGCAGUCUCCGUGGGCAUGCGCUGGAUGAUCGGGCAGACGGAGAUCAAGAAGGGCUCCAGCUACGGGAACAAAGACGCCCCCGUCAACAACAACUGACGUCUCCCAGAGACGACGGGCGAACGAGGAGGAGCAGUUCAAACAGCACUCACAGGUCCCGCACACAGAACUACACGGCCACUCGGACGUGUAACAGGGAAAGAGAGAUCAAAGGACUGUUAAACACAUCUUGGGUGGAGCGUUUCGAUCAGAUCGAAACGUCUCCCCCAACUACAGAACGCGUCGCACACCAGAAGCCUUAAACGCCAGUGUGAACGGGGGAGGGGUUUCGCCACAGAAAGUACAAACACCAGUCUUUUUUUUUUUUUUGUAUGCGGUGGAAAGAAUUAUGACGCACUCUCAGGUUGGAAGGGUGUGAGAUGUUCGCAUGUGCAAUAGCUUAACAUCGAUGAGCACCACAGUCUGACAAACUACAUCCAAAGCAGUGACUUACAUGAAACCUUGGUAACUAUAGACAAACUGUAAUUUUAAGAAAACUAAAUCUCUGAUAUGAGCACAAAAAAAAAAAAAAAAAAAAUCACAAAUAUACACAAUGGCUUCAUUUCUAAUUAGAACUUGUUAAAACUGUAAACGUUUUUUUUUUUCUCAAGCUGCUCAAAACUGCAAUGUUCCCUUUAUGGGAAAGAACCUGUUCUUGUUGCAUAAGAUUUGAAAAAUGUUUUUAACGCCAGGCAGUAAGCCAGGGCGUAUGAAUUCAGGGAAUCUGAAAGAGAUCAAUCCCACAGAGCGGAAACUGCAGAAUCCUUGAAUAUCGAGGCUCGAAAUGUUGUGGAAUAUGUCCAUGCGUCCUACACUGUAUACGUAUGUCACCUUAUCAAGUAAACUUCAUCAAGUAAA